UGCUAGCUGGCUGGAUGCAGGGAUUUUCAGACUGAGGUAAAUGGAGGCGGUUGUCGGGUUUUUGUGAACGCGACGGGACGAACAGUCAUGGAUGCGGCAUUGGCCGGCAACUGAAGACGACCGUGGUUUCUAACGUAGAAGUUACCCGACGUGUCGAAGCUGCUGUCCGGGUUGAAGGACGGCAGGAGUCGGCUCCAGGUAUCAGGGUCGGCGGCGCUACACUGAGAUUCCAUCAUGGCAGACAGCAUCAUGAGCAAGGCUGCCACCAUGGAGAUCCCCAUCAACAGCAAUGGGGACACGGGGACUCUGGCAGAGGAUGACAGCCUGGAGCAGGAUUUGCAGCAGGUGAUGGUGUCCGGACCCAACCUGAAUGAAACCAGCAUUGUCUCCGGGGGUUACGGUGGGCCUGCAGGGGGCAUCAUUCCAACCAGCUCCAUUAAAGGGCCUGCAAUUCACUACAACCCUGAGUAUCUGGACAGAAGACGAGCCCCUGCACCAGGACCAGACAUUCGCAUGAAAUCCAGGGGUGUUGGCUUGCCUAAAAGCCAAUCUGCAGCCAGUCGUCUUGCCCAACACACAGACCAGCAUCCAGGGUCAUCAAACCAUAACCCCAGUAAUUCAACUGAAGAAGUUACCCGAGGUGUGGCAGUGGAGAAACUAGAUAGUGUCAAGAAAUGGGGCAUAAACACAUACAAGUGUACCAAACAGAUGUUUUCCGAGCGGUUUGGCCGUGGCUCGAGAACAGUAGACCUGGAACUGGAGGCUCAGAUCGACGUGUUAAGAGACACCAAGAGCAAGUAUGAAAACAUCCUAAUUCUGGCCACUGCACUCAUCAAUCAUUUCCAGAGCAUGGUGCAGACGCAACAGGCUUUAGGAGACACCUUCACCGACCUCAGCCAGAAGUCACCAGAGCUGCAGGAUGAAUUUGGUUAUAAUGCAGAAACACAGAAGCUGCUGUGUAAAAAUGGCGAAGCUCUCCUAGGUGCCAUUAACUUCUUCGUGUCCAGUAUCAACACCCUUGUGAACAAAACAAUGGAGGAUACUUUGAUGACCAUUAGGCUGUAUGAAAAUGCAAGACUUGAGUUUGAUGCCUACCGCUCUGAUCUGGAGGAGCUGAGCUUGGGCCCCAAGGAUGCAGCUGCCAUGGUUCGCAUCGAGAUGGCUCAGCAUGAGUACCAGAUACACAGAGACAAAUAUGAACGACUGCGCAGUGAUGUCACCAUCAAACUGAAAUUCCUGGAAGAAAACAAGGUGAAGGUGAUGCACAAGCAGCUGCUCCUCUUCCAUAAUGCUAUCUCAGCUUACUUUGCUGGCAACCAGCAGCAGCUGGAACAGACUCUAAUACAGUUUAAUGUGAAGCUAAAGCCCCCGGGAUCCGACAAGCCGUCCUGGCUGGAGGAGCAGUGAAGACCGCUCAGGGCUCGGCUGUGUGAGAUGUACAGUGACAAGCUGGUCAGUGAAGAACAUGACAUUAUAAUAAGAUGGACAAGAGGCAAGUGUAUAAAGGAGUAUAUCGUAGGAUCAGUAGCGGCCAGUGAUAAAGGAAAAACCCGAGGGUUUGUUUUGUAAUGUUUUCCAGUAUCAUCUUAUUUUACAUAGAUGGAAAAAAGUUCCCAGUUGUAUUUAGAACUUCUGCGUUAAGUCACAAAGUUACCUCUUUUUACUUAGCUAUUCUUUAGGUACACAAUCAUUUACAUGUAUAUUGCUUCUUAUAUAUGUACAGUAUAGUCUACUAUUGUGGAGAUACCCCUUUGCUUUUUUGCACAUGCGUUACUCUCUUGGUUUUUUAAUGUUGUCGUAAGCGUUAUUUUUAAUAUGUCAGAUCAUAUCCAUUGUGGAGGAGUUCCACAAAUCACAUCAGCUAGUGGGAAAAUGUCAAGAAUAUUAAGAAAUAUCCUUUGACAUUGUAUUUAAAGUCAUGAGUGUGCAUGAAUUUACCAUAUUCCUUAAGUUUUUGUUUUACAGAUUUAAAGUUAUCAGAAUAUAAUGCUGUUGUUCAAAGUUUUCCCUCUAAAUUUCUGAUAUUGCUUUGUGGAAUACCUGCCUGAAUGGUCAGUUCACAGUUUACAUGCAUAGAAGGGAAAAUAUAUAUUGUCAAUAUAGUGAUUUUACUCUAACCUAAUACACAUAAAUGAUUAAUUGGAUAUUCCCAUCUGCACAGCUGGGAGUAUCUUUUUUAAUGCCAAGCCUCAAAAAACAGAUGACGAAUAUAAACGUCUCAGUUAUCAUAAAGGAAUCCAAAUUUAAUCUACAAUAGUCAGUGUAAGAUUAUCUCUGAUUAUGUUACAAUAGCAGGUGCCAGUGUUUGAGGAUCAGUUUUUAAAAUCUCGGGUUUUAGAACACACAUAGUGAGCGGGAAUAAUGAACACGUGAUUACAUACGUGCUUCAGGUUGCAAUGCCAACGUCUCUUCAAUGUCCGAAUGUAUGAGGAAAAUAUUCUUGUUUUAAGUUAUUUAUUUACCGUUUGUCUUGUCUGCUUGUAACAUAACCGUAUGUUGCGCUAACUUCUGCUUUUAAGUUUCUAGUUGAUCGUCUUUGUCUUGUUCUGCAUCUCAAAUAAAGUCUGCUAGAUGUUUCCUUUCACGUAACCGUGCGGUUGACACCAUUCUGUAGCUUUGACAUGGGGCGCUUUCACAAGAGAAUGUAUAUAAAAGUCACAAUGUAUGUAAUAUGUAUGUAUAUGGCAAUACAGUCUGAUAUAUCUCAUGCUGUCCAUGACUGAAUUCAUAAUUAAUGAAAUCCUGUUUUCAAAAUUGAAUGAGUUCUUUCUUGGCCCAUGUCCCAUCCUCCUGCCCAUUUUCAUGGAAAUCUGUUCUGGUGUUAUUGUGCUGACAAGCAAACAAAUGGACAGGGGGAAAACAACCUUCAAUUGGCAAAAGCAAAAACAUCCUUUUUGCAUUUGAUAAAUACACUGGAUCAGUUUAUUGUUCUCCAUGGCGAUGGAAAGCUAAAUUCAUUAAAAAAAAUAAUGAACUGCAUUCAAUAAAUUUACUUGGGAUAUGAUCCUAA